AUGAACUAUCCUCCACUUUUACCCCGCGGUCCAACCUCUCUCUCAACCGAAGCCGUCCCUACUCCCACACCCAAAAGACGCGCCGUCGCAGUAGCUUGCGACUCAUGCAGGAGCAGAAAAGUCCGGUGCACGGGCGAGUUUCCGACAUGUGUCGCGUGUGAGCGCCGUGGGGGCGAGUGUCACUACACUGAUAUUGCUAAUGACCGUGAAAUGCACUCGAAUCAACUCAAAAAGAAGGUCAAAGAGCUGGAGGAUGAGAACAGAAGUUUUAGAAGUUUGUUUGAGAGUUUGAGGAAGGCAGAUGGUAGAACGAAUGAGGACAUAUUGCGGAGGAUACAGGCUGGUGAUGAUUUUGGGACCGUCGUUGAGCAUGCUCGAGAUAGCAAAGGGAAACGGAAGAGAUCUACGUCGCCAGGUUCACUGACUAGACAACAGCCAUCAGAUUGGACGACUAUUCGUGGCAUUCUACCCAGAACACCAGUCGCUUCUCCUGCGGCAGUCUACCCCAUCGUGCUACCUAUUCGCGCCACACAGUCUCCCACUCCCCUUCCUUCACCACCCAUCAAUACGCCCACCUCUCCGAAAGAUGCUAUCCUGGGCCUCUUGACACUCCCUCGAAAAGGGAAACCAGAUCUUAUCCUGCUCAAUGAGGCCCAUCCUAAAGAACACUGCGACCUUCGUUUGAACGAGCUAUCCGUCUCGUAUUGGACACGUGUACCCAUAAGUAACCGGUCCGCUUCAACACUCAUCUCCACAUUUCUUGAGACAGAUAACUCUGCCGUUGGGUUCAUCGAUGAGGAUCUGUUCCUCACAGAUCUAGUACAGCAUAAUCCGACAUUCUGCUCUGCCUUUCUCGUCAGCUCGAUACUCUAUCUCUCUUGCUUUGCUCACAACGCAUCUGAUGGCAGAGCAGCCACCCUUGCACAUAGCUUUUUCAACGACGCAGAGCGACUAUAUCGCGCAGAAAGAUUAUCAGACAGUCUCACGACCCUAGCAGCCAUCAACAUCUUUAGCUUGGGGUGCUUCACUCACGGAAACGAUAAUUUGGGCCAGGAUCUCCUCUUAUCAGGACGACAGAUGGGGAACCGUAUGAAUCUUUAUGGUCUGGAUGCUACAAGCUCAGAGAUGAGGGCGUUUCAGGAGCUACCAGAUGAUCAUCCAGAGUCACAAGCUUCUUGGGGGACUUUUAAUUGGCUGACGGAUGUGAACUCGAACUUUACUCGGUGA